GCAGUCCGCGAGCUGUCGUCGGCUCCGCGCGGGGGGGGCGGGCCGGGCACCCCGGGGCGCGGAGGAGCGCUGUUUGCUUCUCCUUUCCCCCCACUCCGCACUCCCGGGCACCCUCAAGCCAGUCCACGCUGCUCCCCUCUUCCUCUUGUCUCGUACCCCGGCAAACUUUCGGUUCCUCCCCCGCCCCUCACCCGUUAUUCGUCGUGGCUCGAGCCCGGCCGCGCCGCCCCGAGGGCUCCUCCGGACCUCCCUGCCUGCAGCGCCGACCAUUACAGGAUCCAGAAACAUGUCGACCACACUUCUGUCCGCCUUCUACGAUAUCGACUUCUUGUGCAAGACGGAGAAAUCCCUGGCCAACCUCAAUCUGAACAUGCUGGACAAGAAGGCGGUGGGGACGCCCGUGGCCGCCGCCCCUAGCUCGGGCUUCACACCGGGCUUUCUCCGACGGCACUCGGCCAGUAACCUGCACGCACUCGCCCACACCGCGCCUAGCCCCGGCAGCUGUUCGCCCAAGUUCCCGGGCGCGCCUAACGGCAGCAGCUGCGGCAGCGGGGCGGCGGGCGGCCCGGCCUCCUACGGCACUCUCAAGGAGCAGUCAGGGGGCGGCGGCACGGCCCUGCUGAACAAGGAGAACAAAUUCCGGGACCGCUCAUUCAGCGAGAACGGAGAGCGGAGCCAGCACCUCUUGCACCUGCAGCAGCAGCAGCAGCAGCAGCAGCAGCAGAAGGGGGGCGGCGGCUCCCAGAUCAACUCCACGCGCUACAAAACUGAGCUGUGCCGGCCCUUCGAGGAGAGCGGCACGUGCAAGUACGGCGAGAAGUGCCAGUUCGCUCACGGCUUCCACGAGCUGCGCAGCCUGACCCGGCACCCGAAGUACAAGACGGAGCUGUGCCGUACCUUCCACACCAUCGGCUUCUGCCCCUACGGCCCGCGCUGCCACUUCAUCCACAACGCCGACGAGCGGCGGCCCGCGCCGUCGGGGGGCGCCUCCGGGGACCUGCGCGCCUUCAGCGCGCGUGACGCGCUGCACCUGGGCUUCCCCCGGGAGCCGCGGCCCAAGCUGCAUCACAGCCUCAGUUUCUCGGGCUUCCCGUCUGGCCACCACCAGCCCCCCGGGGGCCUCGAGUCGCCACUGCUGCUCGACAGCCCCACGUCGCGCACGCCGCCGCCACCGCCCUCUUGUUCCUCGGCCUCCUCCUGCUCCUCGUCCGCUUCGUCCUGCUCCUCGGCCUCAGCGGCCUCCACGCCAUCAGGCGCCCCGACGUGCUGUGCCUCGGCGGCAGCUGCGGCCGCGGCAGCGCUUCUGUACGGCACCGGGGGCGCCGAGGACCUGCUGGCGCCGGGCGCCCAGUGCGCGGCCUGCUCGUCGGCCUCGUGCGCCAACAACGCCUUUGCAUUCGGCCCAGAGCUGAGCAGCCUCAUCGCGCCCCUCGCCAUCCAGACGCACAAGUUUGCCGCGGUAGCCGCGGCGUACUAUCGCAGCCAGCAGCAGCAGCAACAGCAGGGCCUGGUGCCCCCCGCGCAGCCUCCGGCGCCGCCCAGCGCGCCCCUCCCUGCCAGUUCUGCCGCGCCGCCCUCACCGCCCUUCAGCUUCCAGCUGCCGCGCCGCCUGUCCGAGUCUCCCGUGUUCGACGCGCCCCCUAGCCCCCCGGACUCGCUGUCUGACCGCGACAGCUACUUGAGCGGCUCCCUGAGCUCCGGCAGCCUCAGCGGCUCCGAAUCCCCCAGCCUCGACCCCGGCCGCCGCCUGCCUAUCUUCAGCCGCCUGUCCAUCUCCGACGACUGAGGCAAGAGGGCGCCAGCGAGGAGGAGGAAGGGAAGGCUGUUCUGGGGAUGUU